CUUGCAGAAAGCAGCACCGACCCUGGCACAAAGUCACCACUGAUAACACAAAAACCGCUGGACGGAUUUCCACCAAACUUGGCUGGAGGAAGAGACCUUGUUAACAUUCGGAGCAGAUCCAGAUAAAGAGACUGAUCGAGAGAAAACUCAGGCAUAUUCAGGUGGAGUCAGUCAGACAGACAGACAGAGGGGGAGCCUCGUUUACCGGCUUUGUGGUUUUCAUCCCUUCUCCUCGAGCUCCUGUUUUAAUGACACCUUCCAACCCGGUGAUGCUCCGCUCUCAACAUUAAUUCCAACUCCGUUUAUUCACCAAACCGUUGCAGAUCAAUCAGGAAGUGGUGAAAUUAUAAUGAUUUGGGUCAAAUUUCCAAGUCUUGCAACCUGGAAUACAGCAGCAUUACGUUUGAGUUGGGUGUGAUGUCAGAGGAAAAUGGCCACCAUGUGAAAAAGGUCAAUUGUGAGGAUUAUGAGAUCAUAUGUACAUAGAAGAAUACAUUGAAGAAGAUGAGGAACCACCUUUGCUGCUCAGCUCUUGUCCUUCUCACGGUGCUCGGCUGUGGUGGGACUGCGGCAGUGCAGUGUCGGUGGAGGGACGGGUGUGUGUGUCUGCAAUGCCCUGCUGGCCAGGAGCCUUCAAAGGCUUGUGAGCAGAUCCAGAGCCCGACAGAGGAAGUGCGAUGCCGCUCGUGUCCAACCGGAAGCUUUUCAGACAUGCUGGACUCUGAACUUUGCCGUCCACACGCCUCCUGCGAGGCCCUCAGCCGUGAGGUUGCAACCCCUGGCACCGAGACCUCUGAUGCUGUCUGUGGAGCCUGUCUGGCUGGGUUUCACUCCACUGCAACGGGGGAAGUUUCCUUUCAGAGUCCCUGCGUGAAAACAUCUGUUCACGUCAGGGCGGUCCGCACCGUGGGCAAAGGGCCCUCCAACGGCGCUUCCGGGCCGGUCAACGGCACGGUGGUACGCAGCGCUGAGGAGAAGACGGCCGAGUACGCCGUGUUCGCUUUGGUACCCGUCUUCUGCGUGAUGGGCCUGCUGGGCAUCCUCAUCUGCAACAUCCUGAAGAAGAAGGGAUACCGCUGCUCUGCUGACAAGGAGGGAGGGGAUGAAGAGACUCCCACACCAGAGAAAGAAGGUAACAACUGUCCCUACAUAUCUGAUGACCUGAAUGAAGACACCAUCAGUGUUCUGGUCCGCCUCAUUACUGAGAAGAAAGAAAAUGCUGCUGCGCUGGAGGAACUGCUGCUGGAGUACGAGAGUAAACAGAUGUCCAUAAGCAAAGGCUCGUCAAUCAAGUUCCCCAUGCUGUCUCCCCUGUCGGCGUUCCGCUCCCUCCCCAGGCUGUGCCCCCAUCAGUCCCAUCUCCACACCAUCUCUGGCCUCUCGGGCCUGGCCCCUAAACACGGCUACCGCUGCACCCGCUGUGCCCAGAGGAAGUGGCCCCCUGUCCUCAUCCCUCCCCUGGACUCCCUGAAGGAUCCCUUGAAGCCCCCUCAGUCCCUCAUCCUGCCCUCCCUGGACACAUCCAAGGACCAGCAGAAGAGACCCCUGCUGGGUGGAGUGUUUAUGGACACCCACCAUACACAAGCUGCUGUGCCAAAUACUGUAGAAAAAGUGGAAGGAAAUGAAGUGAAGGAGAGGAAGGAGGGAGAGCUGACGGUGCUGUCAGUGGGGAGGUUUCAAGUCGCCCAGAUCCCCGAGCACAAGCCUGUCGUCGUGGAAACCAAGGCAUCAUCCCAGGAGCAAAGAAACUCCCUGUUCGGAGGGAAAUCCUUCUCUUCCUCGUUGUCUGGCAUCAGGAGGUGAAGGGACGGAGAGACGGUGCACGAUAUCACUACCUCGCUGAAGAUGACCUCAUCGUUCGGUGACGACCUGACAGCCGGCGUGGAGGAUGGCCUCAACACAACUGACACCAAAAACAAACCACGAGAACCACCUCCUGCUGGAAGAAGUUGUUCCUAUUCACACGACGAGGACUAUUACAACUGUAUUUAUUAUUAUAUAAACAAACAUUGUACUUUACAGCUGUAUCAUAGAAGUUCAACUCAAAAGGCAGAGUAGAAAGCGAUGACAAAGUUGUCAACACCUGACAC